UACUCACCCACUUGUUGAGUCAUACUUGAGCCACCCACCCCUGGGCUGAAGUUCGUGGUCACUCCAUCUCCCCACUUCUUAUUUCCUGUGUCUUGUAAAGCUGACUGAACCCCACAGAGCAACCUCAUUUGUAUAGACCACACUGGAGGAAGGGACACUUCCCUUCCACUCCUCUCUCCACUUUCCUCUUCAUAGUGCCUCCUUAGCCUGGAACUGGAUCUCAGGGUGACAGGACAGUUUAAGCAUAACAAACCCUCCAUGGAUCUGCCUUAUUACCAUGGCCGCCUGACCAAGCAAGAGUGUGAAGCCCUGCUCCUCAAGGGAAGGGUGGAUGGCAACUUUCUGAUAAGAGACAGCGAGUCUGUGCCAGGAGCCCUGUGCCUCUGUGUCUCGUUUAAAAAGCUUGUCUACAGCUACCGAAUCUUCAGAGAGAAACAUGGAUAUUACAGGAUAGAGACUGAGGCUGAUACUCCAAAAAAGAUCUUUCCAAACCUACAGGAAUUAGUCUCCAAAUACGAAAAACCGAAUCAAGGAUUGGUGGUUCCCCUUUCAAACCCAAUAAUGAGAAAUGACCUAUACCCAAGAGGGAGAAGAGAGGAGUUAGAGCUGAAUGUUUAUGAGAACACUGAUAAGGAGUAUGUGGACAUCUUGCCUUAAAGACAAGGACAUUGGGCAAGGCAAGCUAGAGAAGAGAUGACUCUGCUCUCAGCUGCCACAUCUGCAAAUAUGAAUCUAAAAUGCCUACUUCUAGUGGGCCACUGAGACUCUCUGAUUCAGAUAGCAAGAUCUGUUCUGCAGCCUUGGAGGAGUCAUUUCCCCCAUGUCUGCCUUCUGGCACACUCAAGAGGCUCCAAAGCCACUACUUACCUCUUACUCCUUUAUCUUGAAGUUGAACAGCCAUAACCCAGUCUCCUAUCCAGUUAGAGGCAGCUCCCCUCCUACAUGGUUGACAACUUCCAACAAGACAAUGGGAAAUGAAGCAGAACAAGUACUUCAUACAGCAGAAAAAGUACUUAAUGGUGACUUCAGAGUUCCUGUCAUGUGGCUCUGUGACUCAGCUUCUUCAUCAAUUCAACAAUUGGUUGAUCCACAUUACCCGGACUCUCCAUUGAGCCCGGUUGUGUCAGGUGGAGCAGGGAGCCUGAGCAGCAGAAUCAGGAUCUAGGGAUACUGAAGAAGCAAGCAUGUUCGCCCCACCUGUGAGGUCCUGGUCCUGAUGGAGGUUGUGACCCACCCUGUAACUGCGGGCUUUUCCACCUGUGCCCCAGUUCCUGAAUAAUGAAUGACUCCUUGGCUUGUUUAUUUAUGAAAUUAAUGCCUAAGGCUUGAACUAGAAUUCCUACGGAGAUUG